UGAGUUGAAAAACUCAGGAGCCAUGGAGUUGAGGGUGGGGAACAAGUACCGCCUUGGGAGGAAGAUAGGGAGCGGAUCCUUUGGAGAUAUUUACCUCGGUUCUAACAUCGCUACAGGAGAGGAAGUAGCCAUCAAACUGGAAUGUGUGAAGACCAAACAUCCACAGCUCCACAUUGAGAGCAAAUUCUACAAGAUGAUGCAGGGUGGCGUGGGAAUCCCGUCUAUUAAGUGGUGCGGCGCGGAAGGCGACUAUAACGUUAUGGUAAUGGAGCUGCUGGGCCCCAGUCUGGAGGACCUGUUCAACUUCUGCUCCCGCAAAUUCAGUCUGAAAACAGUCCUGCUGCUGGCCGACCAGAUGAUCAGCAGGAUUGAAUACAUCCACUCCAAGAACUUCAUCCACAGAGACGUGAAGCCAGACAACUUCCUGAUGGGGCUCGGCAAAAAGGGCAACCUGGUCUACAUCAUCGACUUUGGCCUGGCCAAGAAAUACCGUGACGCCCGAACGCACCAGCACAUCCCCUACCGUGAGAAUAAGAACCUCACCGGCACCGCCCGCUACGCCUCCAUCAACACCCAUCUGGGCAUCGAACAGUCGAGGCGAGACGACUUGGAGUCUCUGGGCUAUGUGCUCAUGUACUUCAACCUGGGCUCUCUGCCCUGGCAGGGGCUCAAGGCUGCCACCAAGAGGCAGAAGUAUGAACGCAUCAGUGAGAAGAAAAUGUCCACCCCCAUCGAGGUGCUCUGCAAGGGAUACCCCUCUGAGUUCUCUACCUACCUGAAUUUGUGUCGCUCACUGCGGUUCGAUGACAAGCCAGACUACUCAUAUCUGAGGCAGCUCUUCAGGAACCUUUUCCACAGACAAGGCUUCUCCUAUGACUACGUCUUUGACUGGAACAUGCUGAAGUUUGGGGCCAGCAGGACAGCGGAGGACGGCGAGAGGGAGAGGAGGGAUGGAAAAGAGGGUGAAGAGCGGGCGGGAGGAGGACAAAGAGGAGCCGGAGGCCGAGCUUUGCCGCCAGGUCCGAACCCUUCAGCCGCCAACAGAGUCAGGAACGAGGCAGAUGCUGCUCCAUCGAACCCAGCCACGCGCGGGGUCCAGCAGUCAGGUAACCGCUCUCCUCAGGCAGGGAGGGCAGAGCGAGCCGAGCGAGAGAGGAAGGUGGCCAUGAGGCUUCAUCGCGGGGCCCCGGCCAACGUCUCCUCCUCUGACCUCACUGCGCGCCUCGACCAAUCACGCAUCACUGCAUCGCAGGUCAGUGUGCCGUUUGAACAUCUGGCAAAGUGAGUUCCUCCUGGCUGGCCUGCAGGUCAGUGGCAGCAGCUGCAGGGUAUCAAAUACCCCUAACUUUUCAAAUGGAUGAAUGAAAACAUGAAUGAGUGGAGGAGGACAAGAGGAGCAGGAGGAGGCAUUGCCAGCCCUUAAAAGGGGGAUCAAGGCCAUCCGUGUGUCUGUCAGUAUGCUGGAAGAGCCGAGGGAAACACUGAGAGGAUAGAAACCAGUGGGACAAACGAACUCUUGGCUGAGACUGGUUGUACUGCUUUUUUCGGGGGUUGCGGUCGGAGGGGGAAGGGGGUGAAACAACACACAGGUCCCACCCCUUCUUUACUCAUAUUCACCUGCCCAUCCACUGAGAGGCUCAACUUGCAAAAAAAACAUUAAAGUGCACAAAAUGGACUAAAUUUCAGUUAUUCUGUGAUUUACACGUGUGAUUACAUAAAAAAAAAAAUCAACUAUCAACCUGCUAACGUUCGAGAGCUACUUCCGCUGCUUAUGGUGUUCUUGAUUAUAAAUAAAUAUGUAAACAACUUCGGAGACAAACAGAACAGAACAGAAGUGUAUUUAGGCCUAUAACAGAUGAGACAGGGGAAUGCUUGAGAAUGGACUGAGUAAAGAGGAUCAGAGGUGAAUGUGAAAGAGUCUGUGAAUGGGAGCGAGGCUGCUUCUUGUCAAUAAAUGUCAGUGUCUGUCUGUGUGUUAUUGUCUUAAAUGUUUGUUUUGCCUUUAGCUUUGCUUUAGAGGGUCUGAGGAUGAGAGGGAUGGAGGAGGGAGAAGUGAUUGAUGACUGAAUUACCCAUAAAUUAUAACAGAAAACUAGUCCCUGAUUAAAACUUGAGAGACUGACAUGGAAAACACGCUCAGUGAAUGUGAACAGAGAGGGAGGAGGAGGAGGAGGAGGAGGAGGAAGGCUGCUUUGUGUUUAGGACAAAAUAAAAGAGAUUGUAUGAUAUGUUAAAGCCUUAGUCCAGCUUGUAACUCCAGGUAUGAAAAUACUUGAGAAAGUUAUAGGAGCUUGGCGGUGAACAAGUCUGGUGUUACAUUUGUAUUUUUGCUCUUUGCUUUUUUUUUUCUCUCCUUGUUUUAUGAUACAUGUAAAAUGUGUAGAUAACUUUUAACAGAAUGUGACAGAUUGUUUAAAGAUGGGGCUGGGAGAGAAAGAGUACUCUUUACUUCCUGACAGCCCUGGGGGGUGGGGGGAGUGAAGCAGAAAUUUUUACCAAUAACCUUUAGAGUCUGCCACAAGUGUGUGUUUUGGUUUCCACUGUGGCAGGCAAUGACAGAAUGGUUCUUGGUAAUAUUUCAAGGUUUUGACCCGGGGACUGUCAGGAUGGACGGGUGUCACCGAUGGGAGUGAGCUGUCUAAUGUCCUGUACCAUUCUUUACCAUGCUUCAACUUUAUUA